ACAUAUAUAAAUAUAAACUUCAUCUGUGGUCAUAAGUUUAGUUUAAUUCUCUCAACUCAACUCACUGAGAAGUUUGUUCUUAGCAACUGGUGUCUCAGUUAAAAGACUGAAAGAAAAAGAAUUUAGUUUUUCAAUAUUCUUUUAAUAAUAUAAAAUGGCCGAUUUUCCGGAUCGUAAAAGCCGCCGUGCAUCUGCUGAAGAAAAAGCAAAGGAGCUCGAAAUCAUAAAGGGUAUUGUGUGUGGUAAAAAUGUUGUUAUAACUGGUGGAGCUUCCGGAUUGGGUUAUUCCUUUGUUAAUCACUUUCUUGAACAUGGUGCCAAGAAAAUUGCCAUCAUUGACGUAGAUACGACAGCCGGUGAGCAAGCUGUUAAAGCAGUAACCAAGACUUAUGGAGCAGAAAAAAUAAUUUUUAUAAAUGCUGACACUUCAAAUUAUUCACAAAUACAUGAUGCCUUUACUCAACUUACAACAUCAAUGGAUAGUAUUGAUAUCGUAGUAAAUAAUGCUGGUAUUUUGGACGAACGACGAUGGGAAAGAGAAAUCGCAAUAAAUAUUAGUGGGAUGUUGUUUGUUGCAAAUAUUGCAUUACAAUUUAUGGGUAAGGAUCAAGGGUACAACGGAGGAAUUCUCGUAAAUAUCGGUCAACAUUUUGAUUUUAAAACAACAGCUCAACUUCCAGUGUAUACCGCAACUAAAUCAGCAAUGAUUGAACUCUCAAAAUCUCUUGGCGCACCUUAUCAUUAUGAAAGAACUGGGGUACGAGUGCUGGCGCUUUGUCCGGGACUUACUGAGACAGCACUCACAAUAAAUAGCCCAAAUAGAUUAUCUUCAAGAAUUAUGAAAGCAGAUUUUGUUAAAAAUCUUGAGAACCUGUCGAUUCAAACGCCUUACAUAGUAGCGAAAGGUUUGAUGACGAUACUGAAGUGCGGUGAAUCCGGUAGUAUAUGGGUUAUUGACAAUGGCAAUACACCGUAUGAAGUAGUAAUACCUCAUUAUCGAUCUCUAAAAAGAAGCUACAAAAAUAAUUUCAUCCCUACAUUGAGUCAUCCAGCGAUAAAAGGACGACCAAUGAAAGAACUUAGAAUUUAUGAUAAUAACAUAAGAUCAGGACUUACGAGUUGUGCUUAAAUUUAUAGAAGUUAUUUUUUUUUUAGUUAAGAUAAGCAUUUAAGAGCAUUGCUUUAAAGUGCAUAAAAUUAGAUAUAAGUGAGAAAUUAUUUUACACAUUUAUUAAAUUACAGAAUAAGUGAACAAAAUGAAUUCUUCAAUGAUAUCAUUUUAGACUGAAUAAAAACUUAUAUUUAUAAUAAGAAAUGUAUAAAAAGUAUAGUGUGGAUUAUUGUAAAUAGUACUGAGAAAAAUUAUAAAAUAAAUUUCGAAGAAAAAAAAAAUAUAUAGAAUUUGACAA